GUGAGUGUGCCAUGCCGUUGGUUGUCCUAUGCGGAUUUCACGGUUGCUGCCCUCCUCGUGUCUCGCAACUUCACCCGAAAAGGAACAGACCACACGUCCCUUCGGAAUUCCACUUCCGUUCCACGCACCGGACUGAAGCACGGCAUUCUGCUUGUCUGUCAUUCGGGAAUAGCCUACCGAUGAUAGUAGCUCCCUUACUCCCUGCAUCUCUGUGCUACGGUUCAGUGCUGCUGAUACCGGUGGUUUAGUACUGCUGGGGGAAUACCGACACUGCAGAGAGAGGGAGAGAGCGGAGAGGAGGAUGGUUCCUGGUGUAGGAGGAGGGAGGUGAUCAUGGCAGAGUGGUGCCUCUGACCCCCUCUCUAAAGAGCGGAGACUACCGCCUCAACUACCUCCCUCCUCCUCCCUUUCAUCCCAACCCCCUUACCCCACCUCCUCUAACAUUGACCUUACACCCCUAACGCCCCCCCCCCCAACACGAGUCACCAUGACGACCUCAGCGUUGCGUCGCCAGGUGAAGAACAUCGUUCACAACUACUCUGAGGCAGAGAUCAAGGUGCGCGAGGCGACGUCCAACGACCCGUGGGGCCCCUCCUCCUCGCUGAUGUCAGAGAUCGCUGACCUCACCUUUAACGUGGUGGCGUUUGCUGAGGUCAUGGGCAUGGUCUGGAAACGCCUCAACGACCACGGGAAGAACUGGAGACACGUCUACAAGGCCCUGACGCUGCUCGACUACUUGAUCAAGACCGGCUCAGAGAGAGUGGCUCAGCAGUGCCGCGAGAACGCAUUCACCAUACAGACGCUGCGGGACUUCCAGUACAUGGACCGGGACGGCCGGGACCAGGGGGGCAACGUGAGGGAGAAGGCCCGCCAGCUGGUGUCUCUACUCAGGGACGAGGAACGGCUCAGACAGGAGAGGAGCCAGGCGUUGACCACUAAAGAACGCAUGACGGCUGGAACAGGCGGAGGAGGGACGGGGGGAGGAGGAGGAGGAGGAGGGACGGGGGGAGGAGGAGGGAUGGGGGGAGGAGGAGGAGGAGGAGGAGGGACGGGACAUGGAGUGGUACCUCCAGCGUACCAACCAGGGCGAAGGACCAGCCAGCCAAAUAUGGCAGCUCACUACGGGGAAGAGUUCAUCCGCUCCCGGGGCUCACCCUCCUCCUUUAACUCCUCUUCAUCCUCUCCUCGUGAAGCGUCUGAUCUAGAACAGGCCCGCCCCCAGACCAGCGGAGAGGAGGAGCUACAGUUACAGCUGGCCCUGGCCAUGAGCAGAGAGGAGAGUGAGAAGGACCAGCGGUGUCUCCAAGGAGACGAGUCGUUUUUGCAGAGAGCCCUGGGCGAGAACAGAAGGGACAGUCACACAGGGACAGGGGAGUCCGCCAUGUUGAAUCUGGUGGAUAUCUUUGGCCCCUCUGAGGCUCCGCCCCCAACUGACGACCUCUGGGACGCCCAGCCUGCUGUGACCUCUGACCCCUGGGACUCUGUGGCAGUCCACUCCAACACUCCUGUGAUUGGUAGUCCCUGGGCGACCCGCCCCUCCUCCAGCAGCCCAACCAAUCCUUGGGCUCCGUCACGCUCUCCCACCUGGGAAGCUCCACCCACAUCAUCAUCCAGCCCUGUCAAUCACGGCUGGGAGAGCCCGCCCCCUCUUACAGGGGACGGUACUGAUAGGACGGAUCCCUUCUCUGUCAGGGAGGAGGAGGAGUGUAAAGGAGAAGAGGGACCACCCCAACCUGGCAGUCCUACUGGCCCAGACCUGUUUGGGGAGUGUGUCCUGUCCCCCGAGGUGAACGGGCGAGGGGGGGGCAGUCCGGAGAUGUUUGACCUGUCCCGUCUCGUCCCCCCCAAGGGCUACGCGGCCCCCCGGAUGUGUCGCACCCCAGAAGCCUUCCUGGGACCUACGGGGGCGUCGCUCGUCAACCUGGACGCACUCAUCCCCCCUAAUCCUCCUAGCAGGACCCACAACAACCCCUUCCUCUUAGGUCUGAGUGUCCCCUCUCCCACCAAUCCAUUCCACUGUGACCAGCCCCGUCUCACACUCAACCAGAUGCUCCGUCCCUGUUCCACCUCCCCACUCCCCCCUCACACCCUCCCCUACAGCCCCUCUCUCCCCCUCCCUCUCCCACACCACACCCAGCCCUCCACCGGCCUCCUGGACCUCCCCUCUAACCUGCCCCAUCCCCUCCUCCCCCUCUCCCCCAUCCCAGCCCACCGCGUCCCGCCCCAAUCUCACACACACAGCCACAACCCCUUCAUCUGAGACCUGAGGGGAACUGGCUCUACAACAACCCCUUCCUCUGAGACCAGAGGGGAACUGGCUCUACAACAACCCCUUCCUCUGAGACCUGAGGGGAACUGGCUCUACAACAACCCCUUCCUCUGAGACCUGAGGGGAACUGGCUCUACAACAACCCCUUCCUCUGAGACCUGAGGGGAGAUGGAGAGGCAACUGGCUCUAUAACAACCCCUUCCUCUGAGACCUGAGGGGAACUGGCUCUACAACAACCCCUUCCUCUGAGACCUGAGGGGAGAUGGAGAGGCAACUGGCUCUACAACAACCCCUUCCUCUGAGACCUGAGGGGAACUGGCUCUACAACAACCCCUUCCUCUGAGACCUGAGGGGAACUGGCUCUACAACAACCCCUUCCUCUGAGACCUGAGGGGAACUGGCUCUACAACAACCCCUUCCUCUGAGACCUGAGGGGAACUGGCUCUACAACAACCCCUUCCUCUGAGACCUGAGGGGAACUGGCUCUACAACAACCCCUUCCUCUGAGACCUGAGGGGAACUGGCUCUACAACAACCCCUUCCUCUGAGACCUGAGGGAAACUGGCUCUACAACAACCCCUUCCUCUGAGUCCUGAGGGGAACUGGCUCUACAACAACCCCUUCCUCUGAGACCUGAGGGAUACUGGCUCUACAACAACCCCUUCCUCUGAGACCUGAGGGGAGAUGGAGAGGCAACUGGCUCUACAACAACCCCUUCCUCUGAGUCCUGAGGGGAACUGGCUCUACAACAACCCCUUCCUCUGAGACCUGAGGGAACCUGGCUCUACAACAACCCCUUCCUCUGAGACCUGAGGGGAACUGGCUCUACAACAACCCCUUCCUCUGAGUCCUGAGGGGAACUGGCUCUACAACAACCCCUUCCUCUGAGACCUGAGGGCAACUGGCUCUACAACAACCCCUUCCUCUGAGACCUGAGGGGAACUGGCUCUACAACAACCCCUUCCUCUGAGACCUGAGGGGAACUGGCUCUACAACAACCCCUUCUUCUGAGACCUGAGGGGAACUGGCUCUAUAACAACCCCUUCCUCUGAGUCCUGAGGGGAACUGGCUCUACAACAACCCCUUCCUCUGAGACCUGAGGGGAACUGGCUCUACAACAACCCCUUCCUCUGAGACCUGAGGGGAGAUGGAGAGGCAACUGGCUCUACAACAACCCCUUCCUCUGAGUCCUGAGGGGAACUGGCUCUACAACAACCCCUUCCUCUGAGACCUGAGGGGAACUGGCUCUACAACAACCCCUUCCUCUGAGUCCUGAGGGGAACUGGCUCUACAACAACCCCUUCCUCUGAGACCUGAGGGGAACUGGCUCUACAACAACCCCUUCCUCUGAGUCCUGAGGGGAACUGGCUCUACAACAACCCCUUCCUCUGAGACCUGAGUGGAACUGGCUCUACAACAACCCCUUCCUCUGAGUCCUGAGGGGAACUGGCUCUACAACAACCCCUUCCUCUGAGACCUGAGGGGAACUGGCUCUACAACAACCCCUUCCUCUGAGACCUGAGGGGAACUGGCUCUAUAACAACCCCUUCCUCUGAGACCUGAGGGGAACUGGCUCUACAACAACCCCUUCCUCUGAGUCCUGAGGGGAACUGGCUCUAUAACAACCCCUUCCUCUCAUCUGUCCAACUCUCUUCCCCUGUCCCCCUUACCUAUCUGUCCAACUCUCUCCCCCUGUCCCCCUUACCCAUCUGUCCAACUCUCUCCCCCUGUCCCCCUUACCCAUCUGUCCAACUCUCUCCCCCCAUCCCCGUACCCCUUAUACAGUGGUGCAAAAAAGUAUUUAGUCAGCCACCAAUUGUGCAAGUUCUCCCACUUAAAAAUAUGAGAGGCCUGUAAUUUUCAUCAUAGGUACACUUCAACUAUGACAGACAAAAUGAGAAAAAAAAUCCAGAAAAUCACAUUGUAGGAUUUUUAAUGAAUUUAUUUGCAAAUUAUGGUGGAAAAUAAUAUAUAUUUUUUUGCCCCACUGUACCUCCAUGUCUAACCCUCUCUGCCCUUCAUCUCCCUGUCUAACCCUCUCUGCUCCUCAUCCCCCAGUCUAACCCUCUCUGCCCCUCAUCCCCCUGUCUAACCCUCUCUGCCCCUCAUCCCCCUGUCUAACCCUCUCUGCCCCUCAUCCCCCUGUCUAACCCUCUCUGCCCCUCAUCCCCCUGUCUAACCCUCUCUGCCCCUCAUCCCCCUGUCUAACCCUCUCUGCCCCUCAUCUCCCUGUCUAACCCUCUCUGCCCAUCAUGUCCCUGUCUAACCCUCUCUGCCCAUCAUGUCCCUGUCUAACCCUCUCUGCUCCUCAUCUCCCUGUCUAACCCUCUCUGCCACUCAUCCCCCAGUCUAACCCUCUCUGCCCCUCAUCCCCCAGUCUAACUCUCUCUGCCCCUCAUCCCCCAGUCUAACCCUCUCUGCCACUCAUCCCCCAGUCUAACCCUCUCUGCCCCUCAUCCCCCAGUCUAACCCUCUCUGCCCCUCAUCCCCCUGUCUAACCCUCUCUGCCCCUCAUCUCCCUGUCUAACCCUCUCUGCCACUCAUCCCCCAGUCUAACCCUCUCUGCCCCUCAUGUCCCUGUCUAACCCUCUCUGCUCCUCAUCUCCCUGUCUAACCCUCUCUGCCACUCAUCCCCCAGUCUAACUCUCUCUGCACCUCAUCCCCCUGUCUAACCCUCUCUGCCCCUCAUCCCCCAGUCUAACCCUCUCUGCCCCUCAUCCCCCAGUCUAACCCUCUCUGCCCCUCAUCCCCCAGUCUAACCCUCUCUGCCCCUCAUCCCCCAGUCUAACCCUCUCUGCCACUCAUCCCCCCAGUCUAACUCUCUCUGCCCCUCAUCCCCCAGUCUAACCCUCUCUGCCCCUCAUCCCCCAGUCCCCGGUCUAACCCUCUCUGCCCCUCAUCCCCCAGUCUAACCCUCUCUGCCCCUCAUCCCCCAGUCUAACCCUCUCUGCCCCUCAUCCCCUAGUCUAACUCUCUCUGCCCCUCAUCCCCCAGUCUAACCCUCUCUGCCCCUCAUCCCCCAGUCUAACCCUCUCUGCCCCUCAUCCCCCAGUCUAACUCUCUCUGCCCCUCAUCCCCCUGUCUAACCCUCUCUGCCCCUCAUCCCCCAGUCUAACCCUCUCUGCACGGGACCUAACACGCUUUACCAACUGGACCUAACUGGACUCAACUAGAUAAAAUCAGACCUAACCGGAUUAAACCAGACCUAACUUGAUCAAACUAGUCUAAACUUGGUCAAACGGACAUGGUUGAUUGUAUUCUCAGACCCCCGUGCGUGUCUUGUCGACGGACCCACAAUGCUUUGCGACCCAGCUCCCGUGGCGUCUUGGAGGACCUCAGGGAGACCGCUUUCCCAGCCAACAAGAUUACACUCAGUGGAAGUGGACUUCUGGAUGGACAGAGAGAAGGUCUAGUCUUAUCUCUCUCAGAAGGAGUGAUGAGCUGUGAUGUCUUCUCUGCACUGACCGACAGAUGGACGUGGAUGUGUGCAUAGAGACACACAGGCUGCUGUAGGUAUUUAUUAGAAUGCUAUACAGUAUAUGAACAACUCUAUACUAAUAAAUGAUGGUGUUUGUUGCAUUGU